UACCGGGGGCGGUGCCUCUACCGGGGUCUCCGUGCGGCCAUGUCGGCGGGCAGCGCCAUCCAGAUCCCGUCGCGGCUGCCGCUGCUGCUGACCCACGAGGGCGUGCUGCUGCCCGGCUCCACCAUGCGCACCAGCGUGGACUCGCCGCGGAACAUGCAGCUGGUGCGCAGCCGGCUGCUGAAGGGCACCUCGCUGCGCAGCACCAUCAUCGGCGUCAUCCCCAACACCAGCGACCCCACCUCCGACUGCGAGGACCUGCCCUCCCUGCACAGGAUUGGCACUGCUGCCUUGGCAGUUCAGGUCGUUGGUAGCAACUGGCCCAAGCCUCAUUACACGUUGCUGGUUACGGGUCUCUGCCGAUUCCAGAUCCUGCAGUUGCUGAAAGAGAAGCCGUAUCCUGUUGCUGAAGUUGAACAGUUAGAUCGACUUGAGCAGUUUACUAAUCAGCAUAAAUCUGAGGAGGAACUUGGAGAGCUGUCAGAACAAUUCUACAAGUAUGCAGUGCAGUUGGUUGAGAUGCUGGAUAUGUCUGUUCCUGCAGUCGCCAAGCUGAGACGUCUAUUGGACAAUCUGCCUAGAGAAGCUUUGCCAGAUAUACUGACGUCUAUCAUCCGUACGUCCAACAGAGAGAAGCUUCAGAUUUUAGAUGCUGUUAGUCUGGAAGAACGGUUCAAGAUGACUAUACCAUUGCUUGUUAGACAGAUUGAAGGCCUGAAGCUGCUUCAGAAAACAAGAAAGCCCAAACAGGAUGAUGAUAAAAGGGUUGUAGCUAUUCGUCCUAAUAGAAGAAUCAAUCACAUUCCAAGCACUGCAGAAGACGAGGAGGAAGAAGAAGAUCAUGAUGAUGUCGUCAUGCUGGAAAAAAAGAUUAGAACAUCCAGUAUGUCAGAACAAGCUCUUAAAGUUUGUCUUAAGGAAAUAAAGAGAUUAAAGAAGAUGCCUCAGUCGAUGCCUGAAUAUGCUUUGACAAGAAAUUACUUGGAGCUGAUGGUAGAGUUGCCAUGGAACAAGAGUACAAAGGAUCGCCUUGAAAUUCGUGCAGCUCGAAUUCUUUUGGAUAAUGAUCAUUAUGCUAUGGAGAAGUUGAAGAAGAGAGUUCUGGAGUACUUAGCUGUUCGACAGCUUAAAAACAACCUCAAGGGACCCAUUCUUUGCUUUGUGGGGCCCCCAGGGGUUGGUAAAACCAGUGUUGGAAGAUCGAUUGCAAAGACUUUGGGUCGAGAAUUCCACAGAAUUGCUUUAGGAGGAGUCUGUGAUCAGUCUGAUAUUCGAGGCCACAGGCGCACCUAUGUUGGCAGUAUGCCUGGCAGAAUAAUCAAUGGACUGAAGACUGUUGGGGUUAACAAUCCAGUAUUCCUGUUGGAUGAGGUUGAUAAACUGGGGAAGAGCUUGCAGGGGGAUCCUGCAGCAGCCUUGCUGGAGGUCUUGGAUCCAGAACAAAAUCACAGUUUCACUGAUCACUACUUGAAUGUAGCCUUCGAUCUGUCCCAAGUCCUUUUUAUAGCUACAGCCAACACCACAGCUACCAUCCCACCUGCUCUGCUGGACAGAAUGGAAAUUAUUCAAGUUCCAGGAUACACUCAAGAAGAAAAAAUUGAAAUUGCACAUAGACACUUGAUUCCUAAACAGCUUGAACAACAUGGCCUGACUCCACAGCAAAUACAGAUUCCACAGGUAACCACUCUGGACAUAAUUACCAGAUACACUAGAGAGGCAGGAGUUCGCUCGCUGGAUCGAAAGCUGGGAGCUAUUUGCAGAGCAGUGGCAGUGAAAGUGGCAGAAGGACAGCACAAAGAAACAAAGCCAGAUCGUGCUGAAGUGGGUGAAGGAGAAGAUUGCAAAGAGCAUGUCACAGAAGAUGCAAAACCAGAAUCCAUCAGUGAUGCAGCUGACCUGGCUCUCCCACCUGAAAUGCCGAUUUUAAUUGAUUUCCAUGCUUUAAAAGAUAUCCUGGGGCCACCCAUGUACGAAAUGGAGGUGUCUGAGCGCUUAAGUCAGCCUGGAGUAGCCAUAGGCUUGGCUUGGACUCCCUUAGGGGGAGAGAUCAUGUUUGUUGAAGCGAGUCGCAUGGAUGGAGAAGGCCAGCUGACCUUAACCGGUCAACUUGGAGAUGUUAUGAAGGAGUCGGCACAUCUUGCCAUCAGUUGGUUGCGCAGCAAUGCAAAGAGAUACCAGCUGACCAAUGCUUCUGGAAGUUUUGAUCUCCUUGACAACACUGACAUUCAUCUGCACUUCCCAGCUGGAGCUGUCACAAAAGAUGGACCAUCUGCUGGUGUUACCAUAGUAACCUGUCUUGCUUCACUCUUCAGUGGGCGGCUGGUGUGCUCAGAUGUAGCCAUGACAGGAGAAAUUACACUAAGAGGCCUUGUUCUUCCAGUUGGGGGAAUUAAAGAUAAAGUCCUGGCAGCACACCGAGCUGGACUGAAGAGAGUUAUCAUCCCUCAAAGAAAUGAAAAAGAUCUUGAAGAAAUUGCCGUGAAUGUACGGCAAGACUUGACUUUUGUUAUGGCGAGCUGUCUCGAUGAAGUUCUUAAUGCAGCUUUUGAUGGAGGGUUUGCAGUUAAGCCCAGAGUUGAGCGUUUGAAUAGUAAACUUUAGGCAGACAGGCAGAGAUUACUUCUGUAUCAAAAUUCAUAGAGAUCACUAACGAUCAGCUGUGUAUCAAGUAUAACUGAGCUAAACUUGAUUGUUUAAUGUGAGUGCAAAUGCAAUCAAAAUAAGGUAUUACUUGAGCAGUUUACGUCCUGAAACCAGAUUUUAUGGACAAUUGGUACUUUUUACUACAUUCAGCAAAGAGUCUUUGAAAAAACACUCAUUUCCAGAUAGAUUCAAGCAUGAGAAAGCUAAAACUGCUGAGAAAGAGUUCCCUCGCUUAUCUGGCAUAUGUGUGCAUAGAUGUCAGCAGCUGAUUACAUCUUUAAAGGGGACACGCCCCCAGACAGGGAGUAGCAUUCAAUUGUGAGCUAUAUUCGGAGAACUCUGAUUACAGCAAGUGCAGCACAGCAAGGGUCGCAUAGAUGGGGUUGUUACCGAAGAGCAAACUGAUUUAGCGCAAGAUUUUACUUAUUUAGGAAAUAACAUUAAGUAUGCUAAGGUGUAGCAGCAGCAUGGGGAAAAUAAGGUUUUUGAAAUGUAAAAAUUAUGCUUAAGGGAUUUGAACAGAAGCAAUAUGGCCUAAAUUAAGUUAGUAAGGCCUUUCAGCACUCAGUUCUAGUUUGUGGCAAGGUCAAUGUAGACAUCAUUUUUCAAACCUAAAUACAGGAUGUAACUCCCAAAGAACUGACAUGUACCACUUGUUGUCUAGGAAGGGAGAUAAUGCACUGGAGUUAAAGUCUGCACAGUUGUACUUGCAGCAGCAGGUGAAGCAUACUGGAAAACCACACGCAAAAAGCCUGGUCAUAUUUUAGAAGAACAAAGUACAUGUCUUUCAUUCUUACCUGAUAGAAGUCAGCUUGAUUCUGGGAUGCCUACAUUGAGCAGAGUUUAGUCUAUAAAAAGUAAAUCCAUUUAAACAAUGCCAAGAAAAUACGGGAUCAUUCAGUUGCAUUAGUUAACUGCACAGUGUGAAUAAUUUAAGGUUAAAUAAAGUUUAAUAAAGUCUGUCAGUAUGCUGUCACGGUUGAUAAUGUUUAUUUCCCUUGACUGUUAGUGAAGAUAAGAAAUUUACA